UUCAUCUCCUUUGACUCGAUACCCUCAUGAUAAGACCGUAUAACUUCGAAUAGCCAUCAACUCGAGUAUGCGAUGUGCGACAUCCCUCAAGCAUAUAAAAGGCAUUCUUUUACUCCCUCUCAUCUCCUAUUCUUGACCUGAUCUCUACAACUAUCUGAACCCGAGGUUCAACAGAAAAUUUAUCUAAGGCAAACAAGAUCUGUUGCAAGUCGUCAUGCAGGACAACACAUUCACCACCGCAUCCGGGUACGAACUUCAUGGUACAGUGAAAAUUUAUACAGACAGAGAUAGUGAUACUAGAAAGCAUGGCGAGGUCGUUCCGAUCCCUCAGCCUACAGCUGAUCCAAAUGACCCCUUGAACUGGCCUCACGUGAAGAAGUUCUACAACAUGGCUCUUAUUGGCGCUUUUACAUUUUGCUCUGCAGCUAUCAUCACAGGACCGCUUCUUGGUUGGGCAGACACUGCCAAAGACCUAGAUAUAUCUUACGACGAGCUGAAUAAUGGCUACGCAAUAUCGAUCAUGUUCCUAGGCUUCGGCAACUUCCCGGUGGCCAUUGCAAGUAGAAACCGUUGUUGCUUAUUCCGACGAGAUGCUGAUUUCCUACAGAUUGCAAGGAAUUAUGGCCGACGGCCGGUCUACGUGCUGUGCUCCUUGGGCGCCUGCUUGACCUCGCUCUGGACAGCUCUAUAUCAGACCAAAGGGAGUUACUAUGCGAGGUCGGUUUUCAUAGGCAUAUUUUGCUGCCCUUAUGAAGGGAUGGUAACAACGAUGGUGAACGAUGUCACCUUUGUUCACCAGAGAGGAACAUUUAUGGCACUUAUGUUUUGGAUGGCGCUGUUAGGUACUGAUCUUGGAACAAUUUGCGGAGGUUUUAUCGCCUCAUCCCCAAUCCCCUACAUUAAUUGGCGCUGGAUUGGAUAUGUCAUGUGCAUCUUCUUUGGUGUGCUUUUCCUUCUUUUCUUGUUUACCUUUGAAGAGACGCGAUAUACACGCCCGAGCUCUCAUGUUAUAUCGGCAGCCACGGCCCCAGCCCUACGGAGCACGGACCAGAGCCUAGGUCAAAACAACAACAGUGAAAAAGACCUUGCAGAACCGCUACCAUCACAGCCUUUAGACCUGUCUGAGACCUUUGCUGUUCCACCUAAGAAAACAUAUCUUCAGAAAUUGGCUCUCUGGCAACUUGAAAGCCCUGAGUAUCGCCGCUCGACCUUGACCGAGAUGAAGGAAAUUCUGACGCUUUUCACGUUUCCUGUAGUGAUUUGGGCCGGCUUGAUAUACGGCAUCAACCUCGGCUGGUACGUCGUCAUUUUGAGUAUGCUGCCCCAAGUCCUUGGAGUUGCACCGUACGACUUCAGUGCUGUGGCUCAGGGCUACACUCGAUUUGGGACCAUCAUCGGAGCAGCUCUUGCUUUUCUCAUUUCCGGCCCUACCUCUGACUACGUCAUGUUAUGGCUCGCUCGUCGCAAUGGGGGUGUUCGAGAGGCCGAGCAUCGACUGCCUCUUUUCUUGACCGGCGUGAUAAUUAUGCCGGCAGCACUAUUAAUCUUUGGCCUAAGCGCCGCUGAUCACCGCCCUUGGUUUCCUGUUGUCUUCGGCGAGGCAAUGACUUCAUUUGCGUACACAGCUCAGUCAGAGAUCGCAAUGGCAUACGUUGUCGACUGCUAUAGACCGAUCGCUGUCGAAUCAUUCGUUGGUGUCAUCGUGAUUCGAAACCUACUCGGUUUUGCUUGGACAUAUGCGGUUACACCAUGGCUAGCGGCUAGCGGUGUGAAAAUCAUUUCCAUAACAACUGCCGCUAUCACUAUCGCCGUGUAUCUGACAGUCAUUCCGAUGAUGGUCUGGGGAAAGCGCAUGAGGAUGUGGACGUCAUCCAGGUAUCCACUUUCUGGACGCAAGGAUUACUAGUUCAGCAGCCUAAUAGGAGCCUCAAAGUUGAAAAC